CCUCCUUCUGCCUUGACGAAUCUGAUGGCGAGAGCGUUCUCCAGUCAUGAAAACAGCAUGUACUACAGACCCUCAAGUCGAGAAACAGGUCGGCUCUUGUUCGCAGCAUCUGAAAUGGGGAUCUGGUGUGAUUUUUGUCCUUGUGGUCUGCCUGCUUGGAACACAGGCUUUCCUUUUCCACAAACGAAGCGUCCAGGAACCAUUCUCGCAAUCGACCGUUGAUGACAUCGACGACACCUUGAGCGCGCCGGCUGCUGAUCUCAUGACUGAUCUCUCACCCAACACGAAGUUCACUUGCGUUUACAACUACCUUCAAAAUUCAUCAGAAGGAGCGUACAGCCCCAACAUCCUCCCAUUUCCAUUAUGCCAUAAUCUGGUAUUCUGCUGUCUCCAACCUAUGGUCCUACCAACGCAAUCACAGGUGGCAGCAAUCAAGACGCUUAAGAACCUGGGCGAACAGAGGUCGCUGUACGUUGUUUUCGGUGGAACACAAGACAGCGACAUCGUGUUGGCGAGGCUGUUGAACGAUGCCUGGCAGCAGUCCUUAUUUGCCCACUACGUGUUUGAUGUUCGUCGACGGUUUGCCUUCGACGGUAUAUAUCUUUACUGGGCCGAGCCUGAAGAGAAGCAUCGCAUGCAUAUGGUAAUGCUAGCGGAUCAGCUGAGACAGAAGCUGUCUACACAUUUACUAGGCUUAGGGUUUAUGGUGAAUGGGCGACAAGAGUUUACUGGUGCGUUGGACCUAGUGGGUUUGCUACGACGACUUGGGCCACGGAGAGUCUUCAUCGCGCCCCCCUUCUACCCACCAAUGUUAUACUCUAAGACAGAGAUCUACCACCACCACCGGCUGUUAUCGAUACACUCCAAAUUAGCGAAUAUGAGCGGGAAAUAUUCCGGAUACCUGUGUCAUGGUGUAUCGAUAGCGGGUGUUGCAUUUGCACUAAAGACGUCUGGCCAGCUGCCCGUAGAAGGCGAAAUUGCCAAAGGUCCAGGAGCCCUGGGUACAAGAAUGGGUGUCGUGUCCUACGCUGAUAUCUGCCGUCUCAAGUUCGAUGACCUGUCGACGCGAAGUUUUGCAACUGUUGGCGUUAGUGGACGAACAUGGGUGACCUACCUGGACCCGGUCCAGGCUAGGAGAUUUUUCACAUACGUUAGUGUCUUGGGAAGAACAAACUGUCUCGGGUUCUGGAACCCUGAGUUCGAUGACAUAGCUGGGAAGUGUGGAUUCUCCAAAUUUCCAAUCAUGAGGAGUACAGUAACAAAUCGAUUUUGAUUAACCUAUAAUAAAUACUGCGUGUG